UAUAGGACGUAGAGAAAUAGGGUACAGUAAAGGGAAAGAACAGCGUUAAGAGAAGGGAUAACAACGUGCGCGUGUGCAAAGCACGCCGGGGGUGGUUGGUCGGUCGGUGGUCCGAACUCCGAAAAUCAUACGAUCUUGUCUUUAUUAAAAUUUUGUUCGGCUCCAUUUUAAUUCCUAUUUCAAUCAUCAACAUACACAUCAUUUUAUUUGAACAGACAGUAACGACAAUACUUUAUUAUUAUUAUAAUUAUUAAAUAAUAAUCGUUGGUUAUCAGUAUUUUUUUAAUUUAUUAAAUUUACAUAAAUAAUAAUAAUAAUAAGACUAAGACUAAGAGUAAUAAUUAUUAUAUAUACAUAUAUAUUUAUAACUAGUAAUUAAUAGGAUUAGUAACGCCGGUAAAGCAGCAGUGUGCGUGUGUGUAACAAAAGUAUCAGCAACAAAGGAAGAAUAAAAGUAAGUGAAAAAAAACGUUGUUAGAUAUAAAAAUAAAAAAACGCCGCGAAAGAAAGAAAGACUGGAGCGCAGAAAAACGCACGCGGUGUCUAUAUAAAAAUGGCGAAGGCGUUUCGCGCGGUGACAGUCUCUACUUUGUCAAACAAUGGACAGUCAACGCCGAAAUACAACAGACCGGUUACACUUAACAUUAACUAUGAUCCUCAAGGACUCAGCAUUGAAUUAUUAUCAGAAGACUUUACUGAAAAAGAGCCAAAACAAUUAUUGGAAUUUCCCAUAACACAUACUACUGAAUGCUCGCGAGUUGCUACUAGAAGUUAUGUAUUUACUUUAGAUGCUGAGAGUCUACUUAUUACAUUUUCAAAUGAACCAGAUUUCCGAAACUUCCAUUCCCAAGUGCUAAAACUAAAAAAUGGAAAAGGCAUGUCUGCUUUUAAUGAGAGAACAGAAGACUUAUCAGCGAUGCAGUAUUUUCAAUUCUAUGGCUAUUUAUCACAGCAACAAAACAUGAUGCAAGAUUACAUUAGAACAAGCACAUAUCAGCGUGCUAUUCUUGGAAACUUGUCAGACUUUAAAGACAAAGUUGUGCUAGACGUAGGUGCCGGAUCUGGAAUAUUAUCAUUCUUUGCAGUCCAAGCUGGUGCUAAAAAAGUAUACGCUGUCGAGGCUAGUAAUAUGGCUAAUCAUGCGGAACUUCUUGUCGCCGCAAACAAUCUAUCAGAUAAAAUAGUUGUAAUUGCUGGUAAAAUUGAAGAAAUUGAACUGCCGGAACGCGUCGAUUGUAUUGUCAGUGAACCCAUGGGUUACAUGCUGUACAACGAGAGAAUGCUUGAGACUUAUUUACAUGCUAAAAAAUGGCUAGUGCCAGGUGGAAGAAUGUUCCCUUCGCGCGGUGACCUUCACAUAGCUCCGUUCUCUGAUGAAACACUUUACAUGGAACAGUUUAAUAAAGCAAACUUUUGGUACCAAACGUGUUUCCAUGGUGUUGACUUGUCAUCAUUACGGAAUAACGCGAUCAAAGAGUACUUCCGACAGCCUAUUGUCGACACAUUUGACAUACGUAUUUGUAUGGCUAAAUCUGUCAGACACGUUGUUGACUUCCAAACUGCUGACGAGACUGAUUUACAUAAAAUAGAAAUAGACGUCGAUUUCCAUAUAUUGGAGAGUGGAACAUGUCACGGUCUUGCAUUUUGGUUUGAUGUUGCAUUUAUUGGUUCAACUCAGCAAGUUUGGUUGAGUACAGCACCAACGGAACCUCUUACUCAUUGGUACCAAGUCCGAUGUCUCUUAGAAAAUCCAUUGUUCUGUAAAAGCGGACAAUUACUUUCUGGAAAAGUUAUUUUGAUAGCUAAUAAAAGACAAUCGUAUGAUGUUACGAUAGAUUUAAAAUUAGAAGGAACGAAUAUCGAGAGUAGCAGCAAUACACUAGACUUAAAAAAUCCUUACUUCAGAUACACUGGGGCUGCGGCACAAUUGCCCGCUGGUUUAAAUAGCACAUCACCUAGUGAAUCAUAUUGGACAACAUUGGAUGCUCAAGGCGCGCGACAAGCUGUUAAUAUGGUCAAUGGAAUGUCUGUUAAUGGUCUAGGUGAAGUUUCAAUGGAUACGGGAGCUGUCAAUCCCAGUAAUUUACUAGCACUAGGCGGUCAACCUAAUAUACACCCGGGUUCGAUUUCAAGCACUGGGAGAGGUAGAAUUGGUGGAACGGCUACAAGUACACAGGCUGCACAGCUCAUUGGCGGCGGUAUUACGCCAAAUAUGUUCACAUCACCGGCAACUCUUGGUGUUACUUUCCAGCAAUCGCUGGUACUCAGCAAUACAUCACACUACCCAGUGAAUCCGAGCCUGAUGAUUGGUGAUUAUGUGACACCUGGUAAUGGAAUAGCACCCCAGGCGUAUCGUCAAUGAUCUACGGCCAAGUUAUAUCGAAUAAUGGAAUAUUCACGAAAACUAAAACAUCAUCAGCAGCAACAACAACCGCAGGACAACAAUCAACGUCAAUCAAUCACCAACAGCAGAUGUAAUAAUGGUUAUAUUAAUAAUACCAUAAAUAAUCGUCAAAAUCGUCGUCUAGUGUUCAGCUCACCUACCAGUAAAUUAAGAUUAUCAUCAGCUGUACGUAUUUUACAUGCUACUAAUUUAAAUGAAUUUAAUUACGAUAUUAAAUUCAAAGAAGCGCGUAUGAGAUUCGUCGAUAAAACUUUUGAUAAUGGCAUUGAUUUUGGAUUACCUCCUUCGUUAUUGAGAAAUAAUAAUUAUUAUUAUAAUAACAAUAACUUCAAUAAUAAUAAUAAUAUCAAUAACAGUAAUAAUUUGUCAUGGGAUUCGCGCUGGAGAAAACUCCGUGCUAUUUUUUCGUAGCCAUUUAUUUAAAAUCUCUGAUGAAAUGAUAAAUAUUAAAUAAAUAUAUUCAUUAUUAUAUCAGAGUUUAACACAAAAAAUAACACGCUUGCCAAAUGUACCCAGGAUUAAAAAAAACUAAUUUAAUAACAGAUACGAUAUUUUUUAAUGACAAUACUAUUUUACGCAGUAUUAAAUGCGUAUAAUACAUGAAAAAAUUAUUGUAGAUUUUUUUAGUUUCGUCUUUAUUAAUUUGUAUUUUUUUUUUGUUUUCUUAUAAUUAACGUUUAUUGACUCGUGUUUAGUUAAUUUCUGUUUAGAAUUUUAAGUUUUAUUUAAAUGUUCUUAUAGACAAAUUUAAAUUUUUACAACGCUGUGUCGAUAAUUUAUACUAUUUUUUUUUUUUUUUUUUAUAAAUAAGAUAAUUUUCAUUUAUUUCAUUGCCAAUAAAUAUAUAUCAUGCAUUUAUUUAAAGCUGUAAAUAUUUUUUGAACUAUUUUAGUCGAAAAAAUUUUUAAAAAAAUGAUAAUAAUUAUUAGAAAAAUAAAAUGAAUUAGCCGUAAAAAAAAAUUAAAUUAUUAUUUUUUUUUACAUUUCUAAUUAUUAUUUAUAGCCUAUUAGUUUAAAAAAUAUUUACAGGUCGAAAAAGAAAAAACACUGCAAACACAUUUAACCCUAAUCCGGUGUCGUUGUUUUCAGCACCCGUAAACGUUGAACAUGAGUCAUUAGCGGCCGCCGUGUAACUAUGUUAUUCUGUAAAGAAAAGUGUGAAUAAAUUCGUUGGUCUUCUUUUGAGUUCUAUGCAAUAGAGCUGUUGCCCGCCGCGAAAAUCCCUUUUUCAAUAAAAAUUGUCAUCAAAAUGCGGAGGCAUGUAGACUUUGCAGUAGAAUAUUUGGACACAAACGGCCCAUGUUCAACCGAUUAGGGUUAAUGAUAAUUAACAAUUAAGCAAGUCAUGAUUUAAACAGUGCAGCAGCAAUAAUUAAAUAGAAUUCAUUGAUAAAACGUAUAUUUAAAAACUAUAACAGUUUAAAUAAUCACUGUUAUGUGUGACAGUACCUGUCGCUUUAUUAAUGCAUUUAUUGCAUACCGCGUGCGCUGUUUAAUAUUAUUUAAUAAUGUCUUAUUAAAUUUUAAAAAAAAUUAAAUGAUUAUUAGGUAUCUCGGAUUGGCUGGAACUAAAUAAUUAUCAAUAUCAUUUAAAUUGUCAUUUUAUUUAAAUAUAAACUAAGAUAUAAUUGCCUACUGCAUAAUAAACAUAAAUUAGCUUAACGAUCGCAACGAAUCGAAUGGUAUUGACAUAUAAGUGUCGAAAAUAAUUUGUAUAUAUAAUUAAGACACGAAUGAUCUCAUAAUAAUUAUUUGUGUCCGUUUAUAUAGAAUUUAAGAUUUAUUGAUAAAUACUUUUUUUUAUUUUAAAUUUAUUAUCAUAAUUAAUGUCGUGUUCGCACAAACUUGCCAUUUGAUUCAGCCAUUUUUAUGUUACUGUGUAAUAAAAAAAAAAUUAUUUCGGUAUCCGGUUGUCCUGCUUAAUGUACUUGUAUUAAAUUAAUUUGUGUCGUGUUUAUUUUAUUUAAUUACAGUAAUUACUUAUUUAAUGUUAGAUUUAGUUUUUAAAAUCUUGCGGUACUCUUAACAGCCACUUGGGUAAUAAGCAUUCCAUGAGUGCUACAAAUGAUGAAAAAAAAAUGAUAAUUAUAAAUAAUGAUGAAUGAUAGAGACACAAAUAAAUGUUGUAUAGUCCUCGGAAAAAUUAAAAUGUACAUAUAAGAAAUAUCUUCCAUAACUUUUUUUUACUUUUUUUUUUUAUGUUGUGUGCGUGCGUGUGUAUGGAUGUGAUUUAUGUGUGGGUGCUUUUUUAAAUACAGUAAUAGUAAAAUACUACAUACCCAAAUGACUGAAAUUUUACACUUGAAUUAAAGACGAAUAUGAUAUAAAUAUACCUCAGGAUGCCGAUCCGAGCCGGUUAUUAUUUUUAAUAUUAUUAAUUCAUUUUCAUCACAGUUUUUUUUACUACUAUAUAAUUUAAAUGAUACUUUAUUUUUUUUAGUUAAAUAUUUUUCAACCAAUUAGAUUAUUUAACAUUCAUAUGCCAAGUAACAAUAAAUUAUUUAUAUAACAAUUAUUUAUUAUUAUUUUUGACUUUACAUUUAAAUUUAUGUGAGGUAAAAAAUACAGUUAAACAUUCGUCGAAAUUUUUAGUAUUAUGACAGGUAUUAAAUUUUUUUAUAUUUAGUAUAUAAUUUUUUGAUUGAUUUUCAUAAUGAUUUAGACAAUCUUUAAUACAACUACAAUUAAUCAGUUGACAACUUUUUUUUACUGUAUAAUUAUUACUAAUAAUAUCCAUAUUAAUUAUUAUUAAUAACGUGGUUUAUAAAAAUGACAGUUGAAUUACCAGAAGCUAAUAAUUUCUUUAUUUUUAAAUUAAUUCCAAUUUUUUUAAAAAUCAUUAAUAUGAUUUUUAAAAAUCUCUGGGUGCGUAUUUUAAAAUAUUUUUUUUUCCAAUAAUAGAAUAUUUGAUAAAAAAAAAAAAAAGCAAUAUCAGGUGUCUGUUAUUUUCAGUAUCGUUUAUAAAACAAAAGUUACUUACUAAGUUUAAAAAAUAAUAAUACUGUUAAUAAUUAUUACCAGUGGCUCGAUCGGAUAUUUGUUUACUUUUUUUAAUUAAUGACCCUAUGUAUUUUAGCGAAGUACGCGAUUAAUUGAUGAAUUAUUAAUGUAUGUUUAUUUUAUAAUUAUGUACACGUAUCAGGUCAAUUGUAAU